AUGGAAUAUCAGUUAAAGAAGAAAUGGCUGAAAGCUUCAGCGGACAACCUCAAAAUAAAAAAAUCGAAGGAACCCGGGCCAAAUAUCCUGAGGUGGCUUCAGCAAUCGCUGAAAGUCCUGAAAGAGGAUUCCUCUGAACAAAAGACAACACUGAUGUCAUUAAUGACAUUAGAAAACAAAGAGCUCCAAAAUAAGGCCGAGAUGGUGACAUUCAAAAAUCUUGAACUGACGGAUGAGAAAGAGGAGCUCUGCAGAGAGUAUGAAGAAAGACUGUGGAGAGAGACACAACUGAGGAAGGGCUGCUGCACCUUAUUGAUGGGCAGAGACCGGAUGGACCAGAGACCUGGCAGUAGUGAGUGCAAAAGAGGCGCUGUGAGUGUCUGCCAAACAAGUGCAGAUGUUGCAGAAAACAAGACAGAAGCGCAACAAGAUAAAAUGAAGCCUCAAAUGGAAUAUAAAUUAAAUAAGAAAUGGCUGAAAGCUUCAGUGGACAACCUCAAAAUAAAAAAAUCGAAGGAACCCGAGCCAAAUAUCCUGAGGUGGCUUCAGCAAUCGCUGAAAGUCCUGAAAGAAGAUUCCUCUGAACAGUACACCCUGCCAAAAUGGCUUAAAGCCUCCAUCAGCAACCUCCCGAAGGAAUGUGCUGAGACAUCCAGGGAGGAUGUGAAUGGUUGGCUAGAAGGAUCGAUAAAUCAUCUCCAAGAAGAAGGGCCAGAAACCUGUGAUUUAGAUGUGCAGGGAUGGCUUGAAGCAUCUAUUAUAGGCAUUCAACAUCUGCUAAAGUCCAAGUCAAAGUUUCGAAGAAGCCGAAUAAAAGGGAUGGCUUGA